UGGUCAACAUAUUCUCCUCAUCCCAUGACACGACCCUUGAAUCAAAAUCAAGGACACUGAUUACUCACCUAGAAAGAAUAGAGAAGGAACCAAAUUAUAAAAGCAAAUUACUGCACCUUCAUCUUUUCUAUGACUUUUCUUAGUUAGAGAGAGACCUUUAUCUCCCCUCCAGAUAGCCCAUUUCCCCUCCUCCCUCUCUUUGCUUGUGCUCAUUAGUCUUUACCCUAUCACUGCCAGAGAGAGCAAAUGGCUCAACAGGAAGGAGGCUGGCCUCUUGGAUUGCAACCACUAAUUAAUGUGAGGGUUGGGCUUAUCAGGAGGAGCUUGGACGUCUCUAGCUCCCUCUCCUUCACUGCCUCCCCAACUUCUACUACCACAACUACAUCGGAGUUUGAUACCGAGUCGAGCAUCACACUCGGGAAUCUCAUUGGCAUUACUAGAAUUGUUGAGCUCUCAAACGGGAGAAAAUGCAGUACCAUGAGAGAGAGGAAAAGCUGCUGCAAGGCUAAGGACUGCUUCUCUCUUUGCCCUAGAGCUCAAUUCAAUAGUGAUGAAGGUUGCAGGGCUCCAUCACUCGGCCAUUUUCUUCAGGUGGAGAGAAGAGCUCAUAAUGCUCGGAUUAACUCUCUGUUCUCUAAUGGCCUCAUUGCUCCUACGACCAACGAUCGCAGUUCUUGUAUUAAAAAAGGCAUGGGUCAUGGAGUUGGGUUUUGUUUUGGUUUGAUAUUUCCGUGCAUGAGAUGAACCUGUGUCAGCUGCAGCAAUCUCAAAAUUUUUGAUGAAUAUUGAGGAGGGGUUUAUAUUA